UUGAACGCGUCUCGGCCGGCUGGAGAAGUUCGCGGGCGACCGGGUGGUGCUGCGCGGGCUCCAGCUGAGCUGGUCUCCUUUUGGGGCCUUGCGCCCGGUGAGGACAGCUCUCCUCCCUUUUUAUGUCAGGAUGGCUCAGAAGGAGAACGCCUACCGGCAGAUGACUCAAUCAGGCCUGAACACCCUGCCUCAGAGAGUCCUUCGGAAGGACCCUACCACUCCCUCUGCACUUGUCUUCAUGAACCGCACCAAUGGCCAGCCCACAGCUGCUCCUGGCCAGAAAGUAUUGGAAAACAGUAAUGGGGCCCCCAACUUCACCCGGACCCUCACCAUUGAUGACUUUGAAAUUGGACGUCCUCUGGGCAAAGGCAAAUUUGGAAAUGUAUACUUGGCUCGUGAGAAGAAAAGCCAUUUCAUCGUGGCGCUCAAGGUCCUCUUCAAGUCUCAAAUUGAGAAGGAGAGUGUGGAGCACCAACUGCGCAGGGAGAUAGAAAUCCAGGCCCACCUGCAGCACCCCAACAUCCUGCGGCUAUAUAACUAUUUCUAUGACCGGAAGAGGAUCUACUUGAUUCUGGAGUAUGCUCCCCGGGGAGAGCUGUACAAGGAGCUACAGAAGAGCCGCACCUUUGAUGAACAGCGAACAGCCACGAUCAUGGAGGAGUUGUCGGAUGCUCUGAUGUACUGCCACCGGAAGAAGGUGAUUCACAGAGAUAUAAAGCCAGAGAAUCUGCUCUUAGGGCUGCAGGGAGAGCUGAAGAUUGCUGACUUUGGCUGGUCUGUGCAUGCCCCUUCACUGAGGAGGAAAACAAUGUGUGGCACCCUAGACUACCUGCCUCCAGAAAUGAUUGAGGGGCGCACGCACAAUGAGAAGGUGGAUCUGUGGUGCAUUGGUGUGCUCUGCUACGAGCUGCUGGUGGGGAACCCGCCCUUUGAGAGCGCCUCCCACAGUGAAACAUACCGGAGGAUUGUCAAGGUGGACCUGAAGUUUCCCCCUUCUGUGUCGUUGGGGGCCCAGGACCUCAUCUCCAAACUGCUCAAGCAUAACCCCUCUGAUCGGCUGCCACUAGCGCAGGUCUCAGCUCACCCUUGGGUCCGGGCCCACUCCCGAAGGGUGCUGCCUCCCUCUGUCCCUCAGCCUGUCUCCUGAUUGUCCCCGUCAUAGACUCUGGUGGUAUUUGUAUAUCUAUGUAUAUGUAAGGAGGAAGGGGAUUUAUCUGUUUGUCUGUUUUCUAUAUCCUUUGUAUUUAAUAAAGGCUAUAGCUUUUUUUUUUA